UUAAAGCCCAUGACUGAUCGGGCAAGGGAACUUUUAGAUAAACUGCUAGGACCAACGCGCAACCUAACAGAAAAGGAGGUGGAAAAGUUGAAGGACUCUGACAACUGCAUAUUUUUGCUUGCCGGAUUCUGUCCCUUUAAGGCCUUGGAACAUACAAAGAUAGACAUUGGCCGAUGUCCGUAUGCUCAGCAUAAGGAAAUACCUGUGAAAUACAUCGGAUCGGUGAAACUGAAAAUGUACGAAACUGAGCUACUCGACCUAUUGGAGAUGGUUAUGAGCCUUUUUGAAAACAGGAGAAAAAAGAUAGGAAUAAGUGAAGGACGCGUGAAUUUGAGGCUAAAAGGUUUUGAAGAGAGAAUUAAACUGAUAAUAAACAAAGCAAAAGAAGGGAAAGUGGAUGAGUCUCUGCAACUAGCGGAAGAAAUAGAAGCCGAGGCCAAGUAUGCUACCGACCAAUCGGGCAUUGAUGGCACCACUAGAGCACAUUUUUGUGAAACGUGCACAACUUCAAUUUCUAACGUGAUCGAGAGCAAGGAGUACAGGAUGCACAUAAAGGGACGACUGCAUCAGGCGUGUGUGAAAAUGCGCUCUGUGUUGGCACAGCUUUUACUUAAGUACAAACUUGGAAAUGCAAAUUUUCUUACGAACAAGAAACGGCAAAAAUUGAGCAAACUGGAAAGGAUAAGUUAUAAAAAGAAAAUUGUGUAAAUUCCUAACACCAUGAAAAUUAAAUGAUGCCUCAACAUUUUGUCUGUACACUAAGUACCAAUAAAAAGUUAUUACCACCGG